UCCCGACAAUUAUUGCUGUUCUCAAUGGGGUUAUUGUGGCAAUACUGCUGAUUUUUGUGAUCUGAAUCAAGGAUGCCAACCAGAUUAUGGUAUCUGUGGCCAAAUCUCAGAUGACGGCUCAUGCGGUCCCGAUACGAAUAAUAGAUGUCCCGACAAUUAUUGCUGUUCUCAAUGGGGUUAUUGUGGUAAUACACCUGACUUUUGUGAUCCGAAUCAAGGAUGUCAAAGUGGAUAUGGUUUUUGUGGCCUUUCAAAUGAUAGCACUACUGAUGAUGGCAUACAAGUUAUCUAUACUUGCCAAAAUCCUAAUAUUCUAGCGUUAACCUUUGAUGAUGGACCACGUUCUUGGACAAAUGACUUACUCGAUACACUAGAUAAUUAUGGCAUACAAGCUACAUUCUUUGUCAAUGGCCAUAACGAAGAAGAUUAUUGUAUUUAUGAUUACGCUGAAAUUUUACAACGUGCUUAUUCUUCAGGACAUUUAAUCGCCCAUCACACAUGGUCACAUCCAUAUUUGACAGGUGUCAGUCCUGAUGAAGUAGAUUAUCAAAUGGAAUUCCUAAAUGAAGCGUUUAAGAAAAUUCUUGGAGUUACUCCAAAAUAUUUUCGCCCUCCGUACGGUGAUGGAGUUGAUAAUGCAAACGUAAGAUCAUCUAUGUUAACAUAUGGAAUGGAUAAAAUGGUAAUAUGGGAUGUAGAUACUCAAGAUUCUAUUGAUGGAGUCACUGAGCCACAGAGUGAAGAAACUUAUUCUAAUGAGAUUAGUGAUCAACAACCCCAUAUUGUGAUAAGUCAUGAUAGGAUUCAAACUACAUGCGAGCAAUUGGCACCUUUUGAGAUUUCUCAAGCAAUUGACAAUGGGUAUUGGUUUGAUACGGUGGCAGGUUGUAAUGGAGAUUGGGACCCAAGUAAUUGGUAUAAUGUUGAUACCGGAUAUUUUGGUGAGAGAGACGAUACCUGGACAUGUAAUUCUGAUGAUAUGCAUGGUUCAUAUGAUUCAUCACCUCAGUAA